AUGUCUGCGAGCACACACUUGGAUGUCAUCGUUGUCGGAGGAGGGAUUGCCGGAUUGACCGCAGCCUUGGCCUUGCGCAGGGAAGGCCAUACCGUCACCGUCGUCGAGUCGUCCUCGUGGCUGCGCGAGGCCGGUGCUGCGGUUGCUGUUCCGCCCAAUGCCACGCGCGCGCUGAUGAACCUUGGCAUCGACCUCGAGAAAGACGUCAAGGCCGCCCCGUUCAAGAACUCGCUCGAGUAUCAUUUCACCACCGACAAGCCGCCCAAGUUUGGCGAGGGUGGAGAUGGGCACCAGAUCCCGUGGGCACGGAGGGCUGAGGAUUUCCCAGGCCUGUUUUACCUCGCUCACAGAGUCGACCUGCACGAGGCCCUCAAGAGGAAAUGCGUCAGCUCGGAUGGUCCUGGAGAGCCUGUCAGUGUGCUCUUGUCGUCGAGAGUCGUUGCCUGGAACCCCGUGGGGAGUAUCAAGCUCCAGAAUGGAGACGAAUUGUUCGCCGACCUCAUCGUUGCCGCGGACGGGAUACAUUCUGUGGCCCACGAAGCGAUCCUAGGCCACAUGGUUCCCGCCACACCCAGCGGGCUCACCACCAUGCGAUUUGUGCUCAAGACCGAGAGCUUGCUCAGCAACCCCAUGACCGCACAGAUAAUGGACGAUGGUGACGGUUGUUUUGCCUUUUAUAUCGAUGCGGAUCGCAAGAUAUAUCUGCUUCGUUACCCUUGCCAUAAUAAUGAAUUGCAGAACUUCGGAGCCUACGGAGUAACGGAAAACGGAAAGGUACUGCCGACUUUGACUGGCGAACAGCUCAGCAGAGAUGCCUUGCUUGAGAGACUUAGCGUUCUGCCUCCGGUGUUCCAGGCCAUCGGUAACAUGGCAGAAGACAAGGUCUGGGACUGGAAAAUCGGAGACCGCGAGCCGAUCCCAACAUAUUACCACAACAGGCUGGUCCUGGUUGGCGACGCGGCCCACCCGAUGUUCCCGCGGCAAGGUCAAGGUGCAGCUCAGUCAAUUGAAGAUGGAGCAACUCUCGGGCUCCUCAUGAGUGGACUCCAGAGCAAGUCUGAUGUGACGAACCGUCUGAUGCUGAAUGAUGAGUUGCGCGUACGACGAACGUCCAUCGUUCAACUGUUGUCCCGGACUCGUUUGGGUGCAGUUGAAGAUGGUGUGAUUCUACCAGAUGAACUUGUUCAGCUGUUCUCCCCAGAGCCUGCUCCCGUCAAUCAAGCACAGAUUACAAAGUUUCUUUGGUCGUAUGACUACUUGGAACACACGCAGUCUCUGUUGGACAGCUACGUCCUGGUCACAGAACCGCUCCGUAUGGUCAAUGGAGGAACGCCAAUCAGCUAUGAGAGCAAUGCCCCUGUGUAUGUGGACUGUCCCGACGGCCAGCAAUGGAUUCGCCCAGCCAAAGGGUUGUCUUUUCAAGAGGAAGCUUGGGUUCGAGGACGCAAAUCCGUUGUGUUGGACGCCUUUAGUGCAUAUCUCCAGAGGGUCAACAUCACCGGCCUCGAUGUCCCUGCGCUGGUCAAUGCAAUGAAAAGCCACAACAACUCAGGCGUCCCAGUAAUUUCAAUGGCCAUCAGUGGAGGCGGUUGGUUGUCAGCAAACACUGGCGUAGGAGUCUUGCGCGCCUUUGACGCCCGCUUCCCGGACGCAAUUGACCAACGCACCGGGGGACUCCUCCAGAGUAUGACAUAUGUUGCAGGGUUGUCUGGUGGAGCGUGGCCUACCAUGUCUCUGGCGACGUACAAUUUUCCUUCGAUUAACGAUCUGGUUGCCGACUGGCGCCCAGAUAUCGACCGCUUGAUCAAUCCGCCCAACAACUCCAUCUACGCGGCAAAUGCCACUUCCCUCUUCACCGAUGUCGCGAUCAAGCAGGCGGCAGGGUUCAAUGUGAGCGUGGCCGACUAUCUUGGCCGAGCUUUCGCAUACGAGUUUACGCCUCCGCCACACGGCGGCAUCAAUGUCACGCUCUCCGGAGUCCGGGACCUGAGCAACUUCCAGAACUUCUCGAUGCCAAUGCCCAUCUUCCAAGCUGUUCGGCUGACUGAUGACGACGUCAAAUUCUAUGGCGUGGAAGUCCCCUACUCAAACAGCAGCAUAUUCGAACUGACCCCAUUUGAGUACGGUUCCUCCACCGGUUCCGCUGGUCUCGCCACUGGGUUCACACCCAUGGAGUUCAUGGGUACUGAGCUUCGAAAUGGUACCGUGACCAACAGUUCCGCAUGUGUGAGGGGCUACGAUAGAGCCAGUUUCAUUCUUAGCCUGGCAGCCGGGGCAUUCAACUUCUGGUAUAUAGGCGCAAAAUCCAAUGGGACACUCGCGCAGUUUCCGAAACGGUCACUUACCACCGCCCAUUCUCUGGGAAAACGCGACGUUAUUUUCCCUGCCGCUGAGGUCAACGGCUUGGUCGAGGCCUUUGAACAAGACCUCAACUUGUCCUUCACCGACACCAUGUAUGCCACGCUUCCGAAUCCUUUCGCCGGCCUGCCAUAUAGAGGGGGUGUGAAAGGCACAGAACCACCUAGCCUCUCCCUGGCUGAUGGAUCAGAAGAUGGACAAGCCCUUCCAUUCUGGCCCUUGAUUCAGCCCGCUCGGCAAUCUGAUUUCAUUAUUGCUUGGGACAAUAAUGGCGAUCAAGCUCCCUUCCAGUGGAACAACGGGACAAACAUCUACAACAGUUAUAUUCAAGCACGUCGAUACAGUCUUCCGUUCCCAGAGAUCCCUCCGCCGGCAACCUUCCUGAAGCGAAACUACACCCUGAAACCUGUCUUUUUCGGCUGCAACACCGAGUACACUACGACACGCGACCUCUCGAGCCCAAUCGUCAUGUACCUCGCCGGUGCCCCGUACAGCGCAUAUACAAACUAUACAUGGUUCAAGAACCAGUUCACGCCGGUGCAGAUGCAGGAGAUCCUGGUCAAUUCCAUGGACAUCGUGACGCAGGGAAACGGGACCCUCGAUGCGCAAGUCGCCCAGUGUAUCGGUUGCGCAGCCAUUGACCGAUCCCUGAGCAAGUUGGGCAAAUCCCGCCCGGCGCAGUGCGAGUCCUGCAUGCAGCAGUAUUGUUGGGACGGGACCUACGCAGACGAGGCCAAUGUCCCCGUUCUCGAUCCGAGCCUGAUUCUAGACCCUAGCAUGAGCUAUGCAGAGUGGAACCGGACUCAUGGAUGGGAUUGA